AUGGCUGAAGGACAGCUUCAGAAGCGAGAAGAAAACCUAGAGCAGUUGCAAGGACAGGAUCCAAGUCUACCAUCGCCUGCUCCACCAGGCCCUCACCCUGGGUUCUGUUCUGCGACGUGCACUGAUAAGGAAUCGGCUAAGAGAGAAAUUGCAAAGCCAAAUUUAAAGACUUCAGACAUGUUCAGCACCUGCAAUCUCCCCAAAAGAUUUGAACAUCCUCAUUGGUUCAACGGCUAUGGGUGUCAAGUGAGCAAGCAACAUCCAUUCUAUAGAACCAGUUCCAAUGAUUACGGAUGGUAUCCCCCAGGAUACUAUUCAGUGCCAUCUGUGUUCUUCCCCGCGGGACAAACAUUCACGAACAGACUCUCGGCAGCGGGCAUGUAUCGCAACUACAGCUUGAAUACCGGCAUGGACCAAGUAGGCUACCAGUAGAAGACAUGGCAAUAUAGUUAAUCAAUUCUUAAUCAUUUUAUAUUGUAAAAAAU